GUGCGGUAGUGUGUUCCGCGGAGAAAGCCAAAACCAAACGAAGCAACACCUCACCGGGCAGCGAACCACAAAAAAUAUAGGAAAAUUAUUGAUUAACUUUUUCGGUGCGCUGGGCGAGAGAACCCCGUGUGGUGGCUAUUUAUAAUGAACGAAGUGACCGGUGGCCGGGAGCAGGGAUAACCGCGGAGGAAUAACGAGGAAGACCAUGCCAGAGACGGAGCAGCAGCAGCACCCAGCACUCUCACAUCCAGAACCGCCACCAGAUCCAGACUCAGAGCACAUCCCCGCCUAUCGACAGGAUCGCGUGCAGAACUUCUCCUUCGCCAGCAGCUAUCCCUACGCACCAGGCCGCAACUCCUCAACUUCUAACUCGAACUCGAACUCCAACUACAACUAUAACUAUAACUACAACUCAUCCGGCUUCAACGUUCAGCGGUAUCAGAGUCCCUACAAUUUCCAGCACGUGGUGACCAACGCAUUCUCGGUGCUGCGUCAUCAGCCCUCGGAGGAGCAGGAGCUCGAUUCUUAUCCAACGCGACCUCAACAGGCCAUCGUGCGUCCCAUCAGACGUGAGGAAGCCAACCCGUCGGAUCGCCAGGAUCAGCAUGUAGAGCCCGCCGGGCAUCCGCCCCCGAGAUCCUUCUUUUCGCGCAGCACUCAGGAGGUGCGCAGCUUCGCCGAUGAGCUGAGCCAGAAGCUGCGGUUCCUGGCGCCGGAGGAGAACAACUACGGUGGUCGCCAGAGCGCCAGUUCCGGCGCCUGGAUGGACCCGGCCAUGGCCCAGAGACCCCGAUUCGAGACCACAGUGCCGCAGGGCAUAUUCCUGCCACCGCCGCAUGAGGUCCAGAUGAUACCGGCCACCAUGCUGCGGCGGCAUGUCUACGCCUACUCCUCGUAUCCCAUGAUCCUGCAGGGCUACUACACCAAGGAGCCCGCGGGCGAGCCCAAGGAGCAGAAGGAGCAGAAGGUGACCGCCACCCGGCUGAAUGGAGUGCGUGCCACGGCGGCGGUGGCCGCGGCCACAGCUGCGGCCUCCAAAUCCUCCCACGAUCCGCAAUCCCUCGCCGGCGGUCUGCACAUCACCAAGGCGCAGUUCCAACAGCAAUUGCAGCAGCGACGCGGCAACAACAGCGACAAGAGACCCAUCGUCCCGCCGCCGGAGCCUUACAAGAACGUCAUGUACGACCGUCGCGUCAUAAAGGGCAGCAACUUCGGCAACUCCUCCAUGGUGACGGAUGUGGAUCCCUUCGACAAGGCCGCCGAAUUGAGGCGCCGCAAUAUGUUGCGCAAACGGACGAUCCAGUGCCGCAAUCAACGUAACGUCCUGGGAACUCCGCCGCCAGUCAAGGGCCGGAAACACGAGACCAUUCAGACGGAGAAGUACCUAGAGAAGCUGGUGCAGCGCCCGCCGGAGUUCUCCAUCGACACACAGACAGACCUGUUCCUGGAGAAGCCGCCAACGCCUCCAUUUGUCCCGGCCAAGGUGGGCGUGGACGUGGGCACCGAGAUCGGCGACGGCGAACUCUUCCACUUCGAUGCCGAGGCCCAGCCGAUCAUCGAUGUCCUGGUGGACGCCUGCAUCGAACAGAGCAUGCUGGAGGUGGCCCACGAGAUGGAACUGGCCAGUCUGCGCCGCAAGCAGGAAGAAUUCCUGGCCCAACGGGAGGCUGAGCUGGCGGAGCUGCGUCGCCUGGAAGCGGAGGAGAUGCGCCUGCAAGCCGAGAAGCAGCGCAGGCUGCGCCAGGACGAGAUUGCCAAGGAGCUGGAUGCUGAGAUGCAGAAGAGCGUGACGGCGGCCAAGUUGCUCCAGGGACACAUCGCCAGCUUGGUGCCGGAGGUCCUCGAGAACAUUGAGCCGGCCAGUGAUGCCGUGAAGAAGGAGCAGCUGAUGAAGAGCAUCUGCCCGUGGCUGUCCGCCGAGGUGGCCGAGGAGGUCGGCCACAUUGUGGACUCGCGCGAAAUCCUGACGGCCAUCAUCCAGGAGAUCAUCAAGCAGCGGGCGGAGGUGUAUGCCGGCUACAGGGAGCCUGAGUCGGAACCAUCCGCCCCGGAUGCGGGUGUCUGCGAGGAGGAGGGCUGCGCCAUCGAUGAGAUGGAGGCGUGUCCCUGCGAAACCGAGGAGGAGGAGUGCCCCACUCCGCCGCCACCGCCCCCUCAUCUCUAAAUGAUUUCGUUUGAGUUUAGUUAAUAUUUCGAGUCCUUCAAAAUGGCGAUUCCUUAUCCCGCACACAAAUACCCCACACACACACAUACACCUGCGAAUGUACCGCUAUGAACUCGAGGAUGGCUGCAACUUUGUAAUUGUGUCUGGCGAAGGACUCGACUUAUCGCAGGAUCCGCGAUCGAGCGCCAAACACAAUUGCACAGCGGCGGUGGCGAAAUGGCAUCGAAUGGCAAAUUGUAAACUGAAUAAUUGUUAAAGGUUUUUGUGUUACCGAAAAUUCAACGAAUAAAGCUCAACAAAACCAACCGAA